UGCUGGGAGUUGCAGUUCCUUGAGCCCGUUUCCUCUCCGGCCGGCCCGCCGGGCCCGGGCGAUCCGUCAUGCUCUGCGCCACCAGCCGCCUCCUAGCGGCCCGGACGGCGACCGCGCUCCCCUCGCAGCCCAGAGGCCGGGGCCCCGGGGCCCGCUGCCGGCGCAGGGAACUACAUUUCCCAGGGCACCCCGAGGUGCCUCUGAGUGAGUUCUUGGCGGGGCGGCUCGCAAGAUCGAGCGUGUCGGCGAGCCGGAGGGCGAUCCUGAGGAGAGGCAGGAUGCCGCCGGCGGUGGGCGGAGGCCCCGCAGGGUCUGAGCUGCGUCCCCGGCGGGGCCGCUGUGGGCCCCAGGUUACUAGGGCUGUGGGCCCGGACGUGGCUGCCGAGCCUGCAGCGCGGAGCCCCAAACGGCCUGCUCGGGGCUCGCGGCGCUUCGAGGCAGCUGGCCGGUGGGCCCUGCUGGCCCUGGUGACGCUGCUGUCCUUCGCCACCCGCUUCCACCGUCUGGACGAGCCGCCGCACAUCUGUUGGGAUGAGACUCACUUUGGAAAAAUGGGAAGCUAUUAUAUCAACCGCACCUUUUUCUUUGAUGUGCACCCACCUCUGGGAAAGAUGCUGAUAGGUCUUGCUGGCUACCUGAGUGGAUAUGAUGGGACUUUUUUGUUCCAGAAGCCUGGGGACAAGUAUGAGCAUCACAACUACAUGGGAAUGAGAGGAUUCUGUGCUUUCCUUGGUUCCUUGCUGGUCCCCUUUGCCUACCUCACUGUAUUGGAACUGUCCAGGUCCCUCCCAGCAGCGCUGCUCUCCGCUGCCCUCCUCACCUUUGAUACGGGAUGCCUCACUCUGUCCCAGUAUAUCCUCCUUGACCCCAUCUUGAUGUUCUUCAUCAUGGCUGCCAUGCUGAGCAUGGUCAAGUACAACUCCUGUGCCAACAGGCCCUUCUCUGCCCCCUGGUGGUUCUGGCUCAGCCUGACUGGCAUUAAUCUGGCUGGUGCUUUAGGGGUCAAGUUUGUUGGCCUCUUUAUCAUCCUGCAAGUGGGGUGGAACACCAUUUCAGACCUUUGGCACCUGUUUGGAGACCUCAGUCUUUCAGUGGUGACUGUGGGGAAACACCUGACCGCUCGUGUCCUGUGCCUCAUAGUGCUGCCCUUGACUCUCUACACGGCCACUUAUGCUGUUCACUUCAUGGUGCUGAACAAAAGCGGUCCUGGUGAUGGCUUCUUCAGUUCUGCCUUCCAGGCCCGGCUCUCAGGCAACAACCUUCACAAUGCUUCCAUCCCCGAACAUCUGGCCUAUGGCUCCGUGAUCACCGUGAAGAACCUGCGGAUGGCCAUCGGCUAUCUCCACUCCCACAGGCACCUCUACCCUGAGGGCAUUGGCGCCCGCCAGCAGCAGGUCACCACCUAUUUGCACAAGGACUACAACAACCUGUGGAUUAUCAAGAAACACAACACAAAUGCAGAUCCCCUGGACCCUUCAUUCCCAGUGGAAUUUGUAAGACAUGGAGACAUCAUUCGGCUAGAACACAAAGAGACUUCUCGGAACCUGCACAGUCACUAUCAUGAGGCCCCCCUGACCCGGAAGCACUAUCAGGUCACUGGCUAUGGCAUAAAUGGGACAGGUGACUCAAAUGAUUUCUGGCGGAUUGAGGUUGUAAACAGAAAAUUUGGAAACCGGAUCAAAGUGCUUAGAAGUCGCAUUCGCCUCAUCCAUCUGGUCACAGGUUGUGUCCUGGGCUCCUCGGGAAAGGUCUUGCCCAAGUGGGGCUGGGAACAGUUGGAGGUUACCUGCACCCCAUACCUAAAGGAAACCCUCAACUCUAUCUGGAAUGUGGAGGACCAUAUCAAUCCCAAAUUGCCAAACAUCAGCCUGGACGUGCUGCAGCCCACUUUUCCUGAGAUCUUGCUGGAGUCCCACAUGGUGAUGAUCCGGGGGAACAGUGGCCUCAAACCCAAGGACAAUGAGUUCACAUCCAAACCCUGGCACUGGCCUAUCAACUAUCAGGGCCUGCGCUUCUCAGGGAUCAACGACACAGACUUCCGCGUGUAUCUCCUCGGCAACCCGGUGGUUUGGUGGCUGAAUCUAUUGAGCAUUGCCCUCUACGUCCUCUUGGGGAGCAUCAUUGCUGUAGCUGUGCAGAGAGGGGCACACCUGCCUGCGGAGGUGGAAGGGCUGUCCCAGGUCCUGCUGCAAGGAGGCGGUCAGCUCCUGCUCGGCUGGAUGCUCCAUUACUUCCCAUUCUUCCUGAUGGGCCGGAUCCUCUACUUCCACCACUACUUCCCAGCCAUGCUCUUCUCCAGCAUGUUGACAGGUAUUCUGUGGGAUACUGUCCUGCAGCUCUGUGCCUGGAGUCUGGCCUCCCCUUUCCUGGCCAGGGGCAUGUAUGCGGCAGGACUCCUGAGCCUGCUUCUGGGAACUGCCUACAGCUUCUACCUCUUCCACCCUCUGGCUUACGGGAUGGUCGGUCCCCUAGCCCAGGACCCCCGAAGUCCCAUGGCAGGACUAAGAUGGCUUGAAUCAUGGGACUUCUGAGGCUACUGCUACUCCAGCCUGAGUCCAGGAACUUUCUGGGGACAGCCAGCUGUGCAGCCAGUCCCUGGACCUUCCCAGCUGUAGGCAAAGCUGCCCGAGGAGCCUGAGGAAUUCUGCUGCCUGCCAGGAUCAAGCUCUGGGAGCAUACCUGGAAUUUAACCCAACACUAGGGAGAGCCGCAGCGCUGUCUGCAGAGAUCCCGCUGCUGGGAAUGGCUCAGCAACAGAGGCCAUCUCUCAGGCCCGAUUCCCCGAGUGUGCAACAUAAGGAAGGAUGAGUGUGUGAGAGAGUGGGGGUGAGUGUGUGGGAGUGGGAGGGUUCAUUUGUCCAUAAACCUGUGGAAUACGGACCGGACCGUGACUGUGGACAGCUGAGUGUCAUAAACUGUAAGAAAUAGUCCAGGGCUAUGGUAGUAUUUUCUGGUAUUUCUUUCACACUGGAUUUAGUUUGAAAAAAAGAGCCACCAAAAAUUCUGACCUCCAAGAAGGCUGAGCUCACGGGCCCCACUUUGGGAUAUCACCAAGGACAGAGAGAUGGGGCUGUCAAAGCCGUGCUACCUUCUCCCCACAAACAAACAGAACUGAGCGCCCCUGAGCUGGAGGGCCGGCCUCCCAGCUGCUUCCCAGGGGGAACUGCCGGCCAGUCCCUGGGGCAGCAGGUGCCUGCACUUCCUGCCUGCAGUGUGCACAGAGGACCGGGCUCUGGAUGACUGGUGGGAGGAAUGGCGUCCUAUCCUUGGCUGCUCUGUGUCCCCAGGCCCUGUGUGCCGGAGGUGGUUCCUGCUGUCCGUCCUUCUCCCUCCGCAUCCAGCCUGGCUACGAGGUGGCACAGAUGCAUUCUCCCCAUGGUUGGGAGAACCUCGGGGGCCCCUUAGCAGCCAAGGCUGGUGAGCAGCAGGGCGGGGAUCUGUGGUGCCACGCUGGGGUCCCAGUGGGCUGCCCCAGCCCAUCUGGGUUGCUGCUCCUGUCACUCAUGAGAUGUUCCCCACUUCUCUAGUCUUCCCUGCUGCCCUGGAUACAUUUCAUUUCCCUCUCUCUGUCACCAUUUCACCGAUCUCUUUCUCCCAAAGACCCAGAGCACCUAGAAAUGCAGCAAAGCUUCUACUUUCUACCACUUAAAAGCCCAAACAAGAAGCUCAGAGCUGUUCCUUUCACUUCCUCCCCAAAUGGAAGAGAUUAAGAAAGCCCUUGGGUCAGAACCGCACCAGGCCCAGGCCCAUGCUUCAGCCACCUCCCUCCCGCCGGUGCGUGACA